AUGCCACUGUUCGCUCACAGUGGGCCACACGCGAUGCUGCUGCACGUCUUGCUGUGCGUCGCCACCUCCCUCCCGCUGAGCUACUUCACUCUCUACUACAUUGUCACCCGCCUCCCUGACUCCCUUCGCGGAGUCAGGGACGACCUACUCGCAGUCUGCCCCACCACUCUCACUGUCGAGCUCCUCGAGAAGUCCCUCCUAGCAGCCGAGAAGAGCAUUCUCGCUGUAGGGGCCUCUCGUGGUGACCCACGCACCCCCAUCUUUGAGGGGUGUUCCCCCUCCCCCCUCCUGCCCUCUGUCGCCUGUGCUGCUACGGCCCACCUUGUUGGUUUUGAGUCGGUCGGUGCGGCGUCUGCCCCCAGCGGGAGACGUCGCUCUGGCAAGAGCAAGGGGGGCAGGGGCGGUGGUGGAGGCGGCGGGGGCGGUGGAGGCGGCGGGAGAGGCAGCGGAGGAGGUGAGGGUGGUAGCGGGAGUGGUAGCGGGAGUGGAGGUGUCGGCGGGGGCAGUGGAGGCGGGGGCGGCAGCGGCGGUAGUGGUGGGAGUGAUGGCGGAGGCGGCGGUGGCGGCGGCGACGGUGGGAGUGUCGGUGGCAGCGGAGGUGGUGGCGGCGGCGGCGGAGGAGGCGGCGGAGGUCGUGGCUCGUCGAGGAGGAGUGGCUCCGGUGGUGGUCAGCGCCAGCAGCAGCAGCGUGGUCAGGAGACCCUCUCCCCGCAGCAGCUCCGUGAGUGGUACUCUGCACGUCAGCGGGGUGGGGGUACUGGUCCGUGCACUUACGUCCUGCGCACUGGCGACCGUGCGGGUGAGCAGUGUGGUGGUCCACACCCCGCCCAGCGUUGCUUCGGCCGCCUGACUGACGCUUGGCGCCGCCAGUUUCCUGACGCCUCUGAGAUCCCUCGCUGGGACCAGCUGUCUAGGUCAGGAGUAGCUAUCUUUGAUCUUGACUUCGAUGCUAUUCUUGCUGCCAUGUAUUCUGUGACUAUUAGUGAGGAGGGUGACUGUUACCGGUGUUUCCCGCCCGACCCGGGCAUUGGUACUGCGGCUCUAGGUGCUGUUGAGGCUACUGCUCCAGGUGCUGGUGAGGCUAUUGCUCUAGGUGCCAGUGAGUCUGAGUCCUCAGGUGCUGGUGAGUCUGCUCUCUCAGGUACUGCGUCGGCUCCGCCCUCUCUCACUUUCACUCUUGACUCCGGGGCGUCUCGCUCCUUCUUUCGAGACCGCACCACACUCACGCCGCUUAGUCGGCCAGUGGCGAUCUCCCUGGCAGACCCCUCUGGGGGUCCUGUUCUGGCUCGCUACUCCACUGUCCUGCCGUGCCCUGCGGUCCCGUUUGGCGCCCUGUCCGGUCUCUACCUCCCAUCGUUCUCUACGAACUUGGUGGCGGGUGCUGACCUACAGGAUGCAGGGGUUGACCAGUUCACCCCUGCGCGCCGACGGGUCACCCACUGCACGGACGCGGACACGGGUCGACACCUGACCACGUUCACACGUGGGCCGGGGUCGAGCCUGUACACACUCACUGUUCCGUCUCCUCCUCCUGCGUCUGGUCAGGUAGCUGCGUCGGGUCAGGUGUUUGCUGCGGCGCCCAGGUCUGGUCCUAAGUCUGCCCCCUGCUCGUGUCGCCUCUUGUCCCACGAGACCCUCCUGUGGCACCAAAGGAUGGGUCACCCCUCCCUGCCUCUAUUCCGGGGCAUGGUCUCUCGCCUUCUCGUCUCUGGCCUUCCCCGGUCCCUACCUCCCCUUCCUCCGGGGCCUGGCCCUCCCUGUGUCCCCUGUGUCGAGGGUCGCCUGCGGGCUACCCCUCACUCCUCCCCGUUUCCUCCGACGGAGGCCCCGAUGCAGACACUUCACAUGGACGUGUGGGGCCCAGCCCGCGUCCGUGGACAGGGUCACGAGCGCUACUUCCUGCUGGUGGUUGACGACUACUCGCGUUACACCACAGUCUUCCCCUUGCGCAGCAAGGGUGAGGUCAUUGUGGUGUUGAUCGACUGGAUCCGCGCAGCUCGUCUCCAGCUCAGGCGGAGCUUUGGCUCGGACUUUCCUGUUCUGCGUCUGCAUUCGGACCGAGGCGGAGAGUUCUCCUCCGGCCUUCUGCGAGCCUACAUUCGGGCACGAGGCAUCCGCCAGACCUUCACGCUUCCGGACUCUCCACAGCAGAAUGGGAUUGCUGAGCGCCGCAUCGGCAUUGUCAUGGACGUCGCCCGUACGUCCAUGGUGCAUGCGGCUGCCCCCCAUUUUCUGUGGCCGUUUGCGGUUGGCGAUGCGUCGGCGUUCCGUGUCUGGGGAUCUCGGGCGUUUGUCCGCGACUUGUCUGCGGACAAGUUGUCCCCUCGUGCUGCUCCCUGUGUCUUCUUUGGCUUCCCCACAGACGCUCCCGGGUGGCAGUUUUACCACCCCUCCUCUCGUCGUGUUUUGUCCUCCCAGGACGUCACGUUCGACGAGUCAGUCCCCUUCUACCGCCUCUUCCCCUACCGCACUCCUUCCCUCCCCCCUCCGCCGGACUUCCUUGUGCCAGUUCCCCCCCCGGUAGACCCCCUCCCCCCUCAGGUUCCUGCCCCCUCAGGUGUGUCCCAGGUAGACGCAGUUGACCCGGUCGAGGUUACUGGUGACUCUGGUGCUGCUGCGGGUGCUGAGCCUGGGGGUGCUGACUCUGGGGGUGCUGUGCGCGGGGGUACCGAGCCUGGAGGUACUGCUACUGGGGGUGCUGAGCCUGGGGGUGCUGGGCCUGGGAGUGCUACUGCGGAGGGUGCUGAGCCUGGGGGUGCUGAGCCGGGGGGUACGGUGCCUGGAGCUGCUGAGCUAGGGGGUGCUGGGUCUGGGGGUGCUGGGUCGGGAGCUGCUGAGCCUGGGGGUACUGAGUCUGGAGCUGCUGAGCCUGAGGGUGCUACGUCUGGAGCUGCUGAGCCUGGGGUUUCUCCUGCUGCUGCGUCUCGCCGGGAGCCCCUCUCUCCACAGGAGCUGCGCGAGUGGUUUGCUCGCCGCUGGAGGCGUGCUGCUGGAGCUGGAGCUUCUUCGACCGUCGAGGGUGCUGGUGCUGCCGGUCCCGGAGCUGCUGGGCCUGCGGGUACUCCUGGAGCAGGAGCUCCUGAGGGUGUUGUUGCUGAGACUACUGCUGUCUGUCCCGGCGGUGGUUCUGCUGCUGGUGCUGCUAGAGGUCCUGCCGCUGGAGGUGUUGGUGGCGCUGGUGCUGUCGCUGAGGGUGCUGGUGCUGUCCCUGAUGAGUCUGGAGCUGCUGCGCGGCAUCGACCGUACUUCGUUCCGCUCCUGCAGCAGGUUCUUGGUCUUUCUCCUCCGGUAGAGUGUUCACAGCCUGUCCAGUCACAGUCACUGUUGGAGCCUUCCUCUCCACUGCCUUCUCCCUCUCCUUACACUGGUCCUACUGGAGGUCUUGCUGAGCGUCGUGAGCCUGCGUCUCGUCCUGCGUCGCCUGUUCGUGCUGCUCGCACUAGUGGUCGCGGUUCGCAUCAGCGUCCUCCUCCUGUCCCUGGCACGCACCGGAUGUCUCUGCGUCCGUCCACUGCUCCUCUGCGUGCCCCUUUGCCUUCUCCUCCUGAGUCCUCUCUUCCUGCGCUUGCCGACCCUGAGUCGGACUCUCUUCGUGCUGCCAGUCCUACUGUCACGCGUCUGCUUGCUACUGUCGUCACUGACCCCUCUUUUGAGUCCACUGCUGCGUCUGCUCUUGUCGCUGAGCUCGUCGACUUUGCUGCUCAAUGUCGUCUAGACUACGCUGCUAGUCUUGUUGCUGAGUCUGCGUCUGUCUGUCCUCCGUCCGUCGGGGGUGAGUGUGCUCUUGGCACGGACGUCCUAGAGGACAGGCAGGAGGAGUUAUAG